CUGUCGGUAUAUUUUAUCGAUAAUUCCGCGGUCACACUGACGCUAAAGCAAAACAGAAAAUUAUAGUAAAAAAUUAGCUAAUUCGACUCAAUCAGCCAUGAACUCGGCAACAAAGGUUGGGGAGAUUUUCACGGCCGCCGGACAAGCUUUCAGCCGAUUGGGCGACCUCACCAUGCAACUGCAUCCAAAUGCCGAAUCCCCGUCCGGUAAGUGGACGGACGAGGAAAUCGACAUGUUGCACUCGUCGAUUAUGCGCUUCUCGGACGACCUUAGCAAAAUCAGUCUUAGCAUUAAGAACCGUACAGUCUCCCAGAUACGGCAAGCCCUGAAGAAGAAGGCCUUCGAGGACGCCGGCAUACCUGCGAAGCAAGUGCCUGUCCAACAGGUGCAACAUGUCAUCCAAACAGUACCCCAGCUGCCGGUCAUCCAGCAGCAGCUGCCGACAGUGACCACCCAGCUUCAGCCGCAGCUCCAGUCCCAUCAGCCCCAGCCUCAAGUAUUCAAGACACAGACUGUGCAGCAACUGCCCCUACAACAGCAGCAGCAGCAACAGCAUCAACAUCAGCCGCAGAACUCGAACAUGGCUGCCAAUAUCCAGCAUGUGCAGCUGGUGACGCAUCCCAAGCAGAUACUCCUACAGCAGCACCAUCAGCAGCAGCAGCAGCAGCUGCCGCAGACAACAACGACGACGGUGACCAUCAAGCAGUUCCAGCAAAUGCAACAGCAAAAGGCGGCAGCCGCAGCCGCGGCAGCAGCAGCAGCGGCAGCCAACACGCCGACAAUCACGGAAAAUAUCAUCAUACAGCAGCCCACAUCAACGACGGCAGCGGCAGUGGCGCAACAGCACCAGACGCAUGCGCAUCCGGUUCAUUCGGUGGCAACGUCCGCGUCGACGCAGAUAAUCGUGCCGUCGGUCACCACAGUAUUGUCGCCGAGCACGGGGCCAGUGGUGGGCACGGUGGCGAUUGCCGACGAUGUGGUUAGUACAACAUCCACCCCCUCAACAUCGGCCAGCACGGGCCUCAAGUGCGGCCCGGAUGUCUCGAUGACACUGAACCGCAUCAACGUGCAGGAGAACGAGGUGGAUGCCGAGGAAUGCCUGCCGGCGGAGGUGGUCAAGCUGGAUUUUGUCAGCGAAGAGGUUGCAGGGUGAGCCCCCAACGCCAGCAGAACGUUCCCCGAACAAGUUGAGGAUUUCUAUUACUAGAUAAGACACCGAAGCAGCUGAAUGGAUCGCCCGAUUCGCCACACAUCUAGUUCGAAAGAAACUCUUUAACAAACGGUACGACCUACCGCCCCAUCCCCCCCUAGACUAAGCCUAAAAUGUUAAGUGUUGUCAUAUUUGAUAUACCUUGAAAUCACUCCAUUUGUUUCCAAAUCGAACCCCUCUGAGCCACUGAGCAAACGACCUCAAACUGAAUUGUGUACAGACGGACAGAUUCUCCCUGCCAGUAUUCUGUUUCGGUUUCUGGCUUAGGUUUGGACCGACACACGGCGGUAGAUAUAUUGAAUACGGAAGCGAGGAAUGCUGCACCUAGAUUUAAACAACAAAAUGCAAGACACAAUAGUGCAAAGUACAUAGCGAUUGUAUAAGAUGAUGAGUGAAAUAAACGAGCAUUAUUUUAAGA